CAAGACCAAAGAAAUGACCGAUGCAGUUACAAAUGUAACGACAUGGUUUAUGGAUGAGGUAACAGAUAUCCUCUAUCCAGCAAUGAUGGAAUAUGAAGAGAGAAAAAUAACCGAGAAAGAUAUGAGAGACAAGGAGGCCAGUGCCAAAAAGGGUGUCUGCACAGGCAGAAAGAUAACACCCGGCAGCUCACCAGGAUGUGGGAAGAAAGGGAGUAGAGGAAAAUUAACCUCACUUUUUUCUCAACACUCACCUGGCUUGUCUCCAGGUCUUGGCAGAGAGGUUUGGGAAGACAAUCUUCCUGAGCCUGAACCGGCAGCAGUGCCUCCUCGUCCGGCUAAUCAUCUCUCCCGUUUGCGCAGGGGGAGUGUGUGCAGGGCUGCUCAGCUUGAGCAUCCCAGGCAGACUUUCCAAGCUGAGCGAUUUCCCCGUGGCCAAAGGUACUUUCAAUACAACCUGACACAAAAAGAUGGCCAAUUAGAAACCCAUCUCAUUAGGGAAGAUAUUUCCUCUGAUGUCACACAAGAUCACCCUAAAACAGGCAUGCUUAGAAAGUUAUUCUCACCGAUCAAUGCCCAGGAAUGAGUGCUCAGUUCUGGGGAACAGGUCCAAAGGGAAGGGCAAAUGCCACGACAGGUUCAGGUCCCGGAGCUUGCAAACCCCCACUCAAGGGACAUCAGAAAGGUGUGUUACCAUGCAGGAGCUCUGGGGCUCAAUACUUCUCCAUCCCUCCAGACUCAUCAAGCCAAGGACAGUCCGGUCCGGCAUGACUCUACCCCAGCUCGGCAAAUAGCUUCCGAGAAAGCCCUGCUUGUCAUUAUGCAGGAAAAUAUUCCCUGAAGAGGAAGCACCACUGCCAAGAUACACCAUUAAGUCUCAGCCCUGGCACUCACCUGCCGGUAUCUAUGCCGAUGCCUUUUUCUACAAAACAUAUGAUGACCUCAUGAACAAACAUGUCCCUUCCCAAAACUUCCUUGCUCAGGACAGUGUUAUCCGUGGAAGCAAUCCUUCACGUUUCAGUACAGAGCUGGUCGAUUCGGUGUUAAGUAAGCUGUCCAGAUGUCAGGGCACAGCCCGGCAGCCUUCGGAGGAUCAGGGUCUCUUCCCUGACAUAGAUACCUUGACGGCCCAAAUUCUUCACUCCAGUUUGUCUGACCUUUGGUAUGAAAGUGCUCCUAAAGUCACAGCUGUUGAAAACAGGAAAAGCAAUAGGAGUGUGUCAGCAGAGGGGUUAAGUGUUUUGCGAAGGAGAGAAAUUACUGAUCACCAACGCUUAGCAAAAGCACCCCCUCCAGCUCAGUACAAACCUCUAGAGCCUGGGAAAAUGGAUGAGAAGCUUUUUGAGGAUGCUACCAAAAGCACCUCCCAAUGCCAAAGUCCCACACCAUCUACUCCAGAGGUCCGGCUCAGAUAAUUGGAAGAUAUAAUCAGCAGGCUUUUCUCUGAUCUUCUCCCUGCCGCCGCCAGCACAUCUUCCCCGAAAGAAAAGAAAACAGAGCUUGCAGGAUUUGACUUGCUUCCUCUGAAGGAAAUCAGAUAAGUGAUGGCAAAAAUCUCUGAAGAUGAUGACUCUUGUAGCCAGCACACUGACCAUCUGCAUGCCAGAGAGGAUGCUGUGAUCCAAACCACUGCUGAUUCAGUUUACGACAAGCUUUUGGCACCAUUUCAAUCUCAAGUCAGCAUGCAGAACUGCUUAAGAAAUGGGUGCCUGGUUCUUUCUGAAGCUCUUUGUGACUUGGUCUUCCAAGAGGUUUCCGCGAGUCCACUGCAGAGCUCUCUUUCUGGGGAAUCACCACUUCACCACCGUGCCGAAGCAGACAAUAUUGUUGGAGAUACACCUAGAGAUGUUUCUGAGCCUCUGGAGAACCCAAACACCGUACCAUCGGACCUGAGUAAAAUAGUUCCUCUUAUCAUCAAAAAACUAGCAGGAAAUCUGUCCGUGUUUUCAUCCCUCUUUCCCAUUGCGGAGAUGGAUGCAGAAAAGACUUUGUUGCUGAAGGAUGCAACUGCUGGCAGAAGCUCACGGCACCAGCGACAUUUAUCAAGGGCCGAAGUGAGCGCACUUGCUGAGAACUUGGACCAGGCUGUGGAAGAAGGCCUGUCCAGACAUCAAAUCAGCCUUGUGCCAGCUACAGGGGAAGAGCCACCGCGAUGUCCAGAGCAGGAAGGAGCACUUAUUCCUGGAGGCCGAAAGUACUACCUGAUUAUACCACAACAAUCUGGAUCUGAGCAAGACCUGUACAAUGACAUAACAGGUUUUGAUGCACAUCUUCCACAAGACGUGGUUACCGUCAUAAUUGAGGAACUCUCUGAUGGCCCCCUUUUACGGGUGGUGAGCAACCGACUGAGCCAAAGCAUGACAGACCCAGACAGGCUUGCCAAGCAGGCUCUUUCCCAUGAGUCUAUUAGUGCAGAGUCUAAGUCAUGGCAAGAUGAAGAGGCAGUCCCAGGUACAAGUGCAGACAAGACCCCAACAGGGACAGAGGAGUUAGCCACACUGAGAGCUCUUCAGCCCAAGGUGGACCUCCUCACACAACUGGCAGCUCACUACACUGAGGAUGAGGAGGGAGAAGAGAGGGUGGAAGAUGACCUCCUUGAAUCAGAGCAGCAGUGGGAGGAAGAAGAAGAGCUGCAGCUGAUCGAGGAGACCACUCCAGUCAAAUCCUCUCCGUAUUUGUGGAGCCCGCUGGGUUCAUUCAUGGACACUGAACCAUCAAGUUUGGCUGUUGGAGGACUCUCAGCAUCACUGGAAGCACACACAACACUUGAAAUUCCCUGCACAAACAUCCCCACUAACAGCCUGCACAAUGAAUCUGAAUUUGCACCUGAUCUGUGGGUGUGGAAGAACCAGCUCGUUCAUACAGCAUCCCCCACAUGUGCAUCGCUGUUAGGACAGCACAACGGGGCCCUUUCUUCCAGGCACUAG